GUCUCAGAAAUUCAACCACUGUAGUAAGUGAAGCUGUGAAAGGCAGGAGAAAUUAUUCAAAAAGAGUGUGCAGAAGCAGAUGAGAAAAAUAAGUACAGAAUCUCGGGGAACUAUCUGAGCUUGAUGAGUGAGAGAGAGAGAAGGAACCAGAUAAGAAAACUGAGAAGUAAUGCAGAGGUAAAGCAGAAACCAGGAACUGGCAGGGUCACAGAAGACAGAAGAGGAAAUAUUUUUAAGAAAAAAAAAUAUCACAUACUUCAGCCAUGUGGAAGAAGCUCAACUAUAAGAAAGAUCGACUGGAUCUGACAAGAAUAUGGCAGAAUGGCAGAGGUGAGAGAAGACUCAUGAGGUGAGGGAAGACUCAAUCCCCAUGACUGACUGAUACUGCCUUUGGAAGAUGAGUUUCUCUCUGUGCAUCAAGCUGACAAGGCAUUUGGGGUGGCGCACUGAAAAGGAAGAUUUCACAGAAGCCACCGAACUUGAAGCAGGCUGCCAUGACCAGCCAGUCGCAGGGGAUCCACCAGCUCCUUCAGGCAGAAAAAAGAGCCAAGGACAAGCUAGAGGAAGCCAAGAAGAGAAAAGAGAAGCGACUGAAGCAAGCUAAAGAAGAAGCUAUGGCAGAAAUUGACCAGUACAGAAUGCAGAGAGAUAAGGAGUUCAGACUGAAGCAAUCUAAGAUAAUGGGCUCUCAAAGUAAUCUCUCAGAAGAAGUAGAAGAACAAACACAAGGGAAGAUAAAAGAACUGAAUGGAAGCUACAACAAAUACAUGGAAAGUGUGUUGAAGCAGCUUUUGAACGCUGUUUGUGAUGUGAAGCCAGAAAUCCAUGUAAACUACAGAGCCACCAACUAAAUGGGCACCCCACUGUUCAAUAAAAGCUAUAUGCAUGCCA